AAGCAAAGAGCUUAUGAUUGCAAGUAGGCCCGACUUUGUUACGGAGCUUCUUCCAUCUGCUCAGCGUACGGCUUUGCUGUACCAUCUCUCUUACUUGUGUUUGGCUAAGUUCCCUAAGUUGGAGAGGGAACUCAGAGCACGUGCUACUGAAACUCAGCUUCUCUUUGGGUCCUCUGAAGUUCUUCUGCUGAAGUGUGCUGCCACAAGUAAAAACCUGGUUUCCACACUUUUACCUGGUCUGAAGGCCGCUGUUGAAAAGGAUAAAAGCACUCUGGCCAUUAAGUCCCUGGAAAAAGCAAGAUCAUGGAUCACUGAAAUUGUUGACAAAGUGGAACAGAUGGUAGAAAGAUAUGACAUACACAACAAUAGUGUGGCUUCAUGCACCAGUGAUGUGAUUAAUGAAAAAGAUGAAACAGAAAGUAAAAUAAAAAUAAAUGUUGAGAAGAUAGCAAAACUGAAGAGUGAUGUGACUAAACUUAAGGAGGAACGGAAGAAAAACACUGAAGAAAUUAGCCAAAUUGACAGAACCAUUGCACAGAAAAACCAAGAACUUCAGAAUUAUAUCAAACAAGCUUCUAGAAAACAUAAUCGUCUGGGUUUCAUCACUGCCUUAGUGCCAUUUAUUGGACCCUUAGUCAAUGCGAUUUUUGGUGCUAAAAUUGACCACGGGCUGGCUGCAAACAUACAGGCUCUCUCCAAUGAGUUGUCUCGACUCUCCAAUGAGAAGUCAAACCUGAGGAACAUGGAGUGGAACAUCGACUUCAGGUUGACUGAUUUGCAGCUAAAGUUGGCGAGCAUGAUAAUAGAAAACGAGUCAAUACCUGACCCUGUCCAUCUGAAUGAUGUCCAAACCUGCCUGAGUCAAAUCCAACAAAUUCUGAUUCAGAUUAAACAGUUCUGGGAAACAGUGAGUGUAAUGCUGGAGGCUCUCAAAGAAGAGACUUUUGCUAAUGAGCACUUCAUCGAGGAUAGUGACAUGAAGGAGAUCUUUCUGAACUCUAUCACUACAGCACAACAGCAUUGGAAGGACUUUGGUGAAUCCUGCCUGCAUGCCAGGGACAUCUUUAGCUUGCAGAAAAGGAAUGCAUAUUUGUUCCUGGAGAUCAGCCCAUCUUCACUGUCACCAGAUGAAUGGCAAAAACGGUAUAAUGCUGUCACUAUGGAGCUGAAAAAAAUAAGUCCUGAUCCCUGUGCUCCCAAAGCGACAGCUGCCAUUGCUCAGUAAUGUACAAGCUUAAGAAGCCUUUGCAGUACAAACAGCUUACACACCUAUAAUGUUUUAGGCUAACUGCUCUGAAUAACAUGUUUGUUAUAUCGUAUGUUGUUUUAAAAAUUCUUUAUGUGAGCUAAAUUGU